AUGAUAUUAAAUAAAUUAAGAAAACAAAAAUUUCGAUACAUCAAUAAAAAUUGGAGAAUAAAGAAUUAAAUAUUAAUGAUUUAAGUAGUAUGUUCACUUUUUGUAUUCAUAAUAUUAGCUACAUCAAUCAUAGUCGCCUAAUUAAUUGUGUAAAGAUGUAUAGAAGAAUCAUCUGAGAAAAUAUUUAUCAAAUAAACCUUACAACAAUUAAAUAGUGCAUGGUUGCUUAAAUCUAAUCUUGAAUAUUUGAUAAAGUCUGCCUCACAAUAAAUUUAAAUUGUUAAAUUGCUCAAUAUAUUUACAUAAAAAACAGAAAUAUCAAUUGUUAAACCUUCUUAAUGUUUAAAUAAACCUAACACGAACGAUUCAUAUUGUUAUUAGUCAUCAUAUUGUUUUGGCCUUUUUGGAGACUAAUAUGAGAUAAGUCACAUUGAGCAGUUAAGUUAUGUUUUUGCAAUAACAUCAACACUUACAUCGUUUAGAAUAGCGAUGGAUAAUACCCAGGCCUUAUAUUAUAGUCAUGCUAAUCAGGCCUAAUUCUACACUAUAAGUUAGGGUUUUUACUUUAAACCUGGAUUUUAUCCUCAUUAAAGGCCAUGGUAUAUUUACCAUCUGAAUUCUAUACAUAAUGGAUUUGAUAAUGAUCUAAUUGUUUAUGGAUAACCAUAUAAAAUAUAUUAUCCUGAAGGAAUAAGAAUUGCUAUCACUUCUAAUUUAAUUAAUGUCAAUUCUACAUUUGAAGGAGUUGUUGCGAAAGAUAUAGAUUUUAAUUAAACAUUAAAUUACAAACUUGUUGAUUAAGAGACAACUCUCAUAGUAAUUAACAAUUAAGGUUAAGUUAUUUUUAGCAAGCUUUAUGAUCAGCAAAAUCAAUCUAUUCAUUAAAUAUUUGAUGAAACUUACACUGGUUUUAAUUAUACUGAUUUUGAAUAGAUUAUGAAUUAUCAUUAUCAUAAAAAUUAUUCAAAUACUUGCAAUAUGAUAGUAGAAUAAGAUAAUGUUUUAUGUAGAUAUAAUUCUAAAUUACUAGACUAUUGUAUCAUCUAGACUAAAUAAAUUACAAAUACCCCUUACAUAUUAUUACUAUUCAAAAAUACGAAAAAUAUUAAUAUGAUAUAAUAAUAAUAGUUUAACUUUAUAACUAAUGAAUAGAAGCAAAUUACCUAAUAGAAUAUCAUUAUGUAUUUACUUUUAACUUUAGCAGUUUUAUUGUUUGCAUAUCUUAUGUCUAAUAUAAUGCUUAAAUAAUUAAAUUUAUUGAUCUCUUAUACUAAAAAUAGUAUUUAUGAUAAUUGGGUUGUUAAUUUGUCCUUAAAAGCUUUCAUGAAAUAAAAAUAUUUAUUAUAAUCAAAAGAUAUAACAAAUUUAUAUUUUAGCGUAAUUGGAUUAUUACACAACUUACGUCCUUCUAAAAAAAAUAAAUAAUGUUAAUUAGAAGAAGAUAAAUUAUUUCCUAGAUCAAUAAAAACUAAAAAAUUUUAGUAAAUAAAAGAACUAAUAAAUCAAAUUAAGGAGGAGAAUCUAUAUCCAGUUAUUUCAUCCAAUUGA